CCUUGACGUAGACACGCUACUCACAACCAUAUCUCGAGAAGAAGAAGAACAACAAAAGCACAGACAGGCAGCCACACAUCAUCUGUUCUCUCUGUGUUUACUUCACCUCCGACUCAGAAACAUGUGACUGAACCAAGGAGGGGUUUCCGUGUGGAGGAGCUGAUCGUCAGGAGAAACACUGCUCCUCUUCUCAGACGUCUUCCUCUGGGGACGCUAAGCUAGCUCUGCGCUUAGCUCUGAGGCUAGCUCUGGGGCUAACUGAGGUUAGCUCCUCCUCAGCUGGCUCGUCGGUGUCUGACAGGCGGUGCGACCGGGGGAUUAUCAGCCGGUGUUUACCGUUGAAUUAACCUGGUUCCUCUGCCUCCGUCUGCACGGAGCUGAUCGCCAGGUGGGUGCUGUGUUGGUGUGACACCCUGUCCAUGUGUUUGGAAGAGCCUGGAGGAUGGAGCUCAUACAUCAGACUCUGUUUAUUGUCAAGGGAAGCUAAUCGAAGUCCAUUUUGUUUUGUUUUUCAUUCCCCAAACUCGCACAGUCAGAGAUGGGAAGUCUGGGCAGCAGGUUCCAGUCGCCCUCUCGGGGGCCAGAGGAAGCUGUAGAGGGCACAAGCACCAGCCGCAAGCGCAGCUGUGAGUGCAAGAAGAGGAAAAGAAAUGCCCCGUGUGACUGUGACAGUGAACAAGAGGAGGAUGAUGCCAUACUGGAUACACCUCGCAGGCAAAAACUCAAAUGCACAUCGAGGUACAUUUAUCAAACCCUGUUCCUGAACGGGGAAAACAGCGACAUCCGCAUCUGUGCUCUGGGGCAGGAGUGGAACUUGCACAAAGUCUACCUGUGUCAGUCAGGAUAUUUUUCCAGUAUGUUCAGCGGCUCUUGGAAGGAGUCAAACAUGAUGGAAAUUGGCUUGGAGAUCCCAGACCAGAACAUCGACACAGAAGCUCUACAGGUCGUGUUUGGAUCCCUGUACCGGGACGAUGUCCUGAUCAAGCCCAGCAGAGUCGUCAGUAUUCUUGCCGCUGCUUGCAUGCUACAACUGGACGGUCUGAUCCAGCAGUGUGGAGAAACCAUGAAGGAAAACAUCAGUGCAAAAACUGUGUGUGGCUACUACGCUUGUGCCAGUAUCUACGGCUUGGAUUCUGUCAUGAAAAAGUGUCUUGAGUGGCUUCUGAACAACCUGAUGACCCACCAAAAUGUGGAGCUGAUGAAAGAACUUGGAGCUGAGGUGAUGGAUCAGCUCAUUCAGUCCUCAGAUCUGUUUGUAAUGCAGGUGGAGAUGGAUGUUUACACUGCUCUGAAAAAGUGGAUGUUUCUGCAACUCAAUCCAUCGUGGGAUGGUCCCAUCAAGCAGCUUCUGGCUGAUGCUGAUGCCUGGUUGUGCAAGCGCAGGACUGACCUGUGUGAGAGAGAGCCCUUCCUGAACACAGACGACGGUGCACCUUUUUGUUCAGUGUUCAAAUACGUUCGUCUCCAGUACAUCAUCAACGAUCUGGCAUCUGCACGAAUCCUGGAGAGAGAUAAUAUUUUGCCCCCUGAUUGGCUAACAUCGGUUUACAAAAACCAGUGGUUUGCAAUGCUCCGGACAGAGUUCGACAACGACAACGGUCCCCAGGAAGCCAAUAGAGAGGAGUUUGAGCUGAGCAGCAUGAGGUGUGGAAGGAAGCUGACCAAAGAUGGAGAUUACUGCUGGCGGUGGACAGGUUUUAACUUUGGCUUUGACUUGUUGGUGACCUACACGAACCGCUUCAUAGUCUUCAAAAGAAAUACCCUGAGUCAGCCAUGUGGGGGGGCUGUGAGCCUGCAACUUCGGAGGCAUUUGGCAUACAGAUUGCGUCUCGCCUCCUUUGACAGCCGAGGAAAGCUGGUCUGCAGUCGCUCGACGGGUUACCAGCUCCUCACCCUGGAGAAAGACCAGGAGUACGUGGUGAUGAACCUGGACAGCCGCUUGUUAUCAUUCCCCCUCUAUGUGUGCUGCAACUUCCUGUAUACGUCGCCACACCUGGACAACCGUCUAGAGUCCUCAGAGCAAGACAGCACUGCUCGCUGUGUGUCGUGAUGCCAGUCCUCCCACUGCCACUCUUCCCGGUGAAGCCGAGACACUGACAAAAGCUUGUAUGUACAAUCCACCACCAUCUUCCAACACCAACACCAUUUUCUACAUGGGACAUAUCGUCUGCAUGCUCUGUACCUCAGUGAGGUGGGAUUGGAAAAUGUUUUGUGUCUAUGUAUUUAGUGUUUUGGCACAUUCUGAGUUUACUGUGUGACAGAGACACGUCACAGUGGCCGGGAAGGGAUCAGGCCACGCUCCGCCUUCAGGGCAGCUUCACUUCUCCUCGAAUGUUUUCACGAACAGUCUGAAUAGAGAUGUCAGGCCUUUCAUCAGAAAGGAAAACCUCCAUUUAUCAUGAGAUGCUUUGGACUUCAGGUUGUUUAGAUCUGGUGUUUGUGAAGACCCUGGAAGAGUCUCACCUCACAGUAUUAUUGAAACCAGUGUGGAAUUGUUUUUCUAUCGAUAAUUGUGGGGAAAUUAUCAGUCUCGGAUAUAUGAACAUCACCAGAGGCUGAAACUGAUCAUUAAUAAAAGCCUCAUCACGCUGCAGAGCAAACCUGAGACUCAGGGACAUGCAUGAGGUCAACUGGAAUUCAGGUCCACUAAUGGGAAAUAGAAAAUGUCCUAAUGUAAACACACACGGGGAAAGAAAACACAACAGGUUGUCAUAAAUUGUCCAUCGCUCAGAGGUCAAUACCUCAGAAAACCUGAUAACUGUAUCAGUAAGAUCAAUAUGAGCUUUAAAAAUGUGUAAUUGUUUUAGAAGAGCAGUUGCUGCACUCACUUCUACGGGAAGUUUUCAGUCUAUUGUUCCUCUGAUCAUAUGUACAUUUAACUCGGGGUGUGCACAGAGGUGUGGUCCACUUAUGGGUGUGUUAGAAACUCCACCAGCACUGUUUUGAGGUGGGUCGACACGUUAUAUACUUCUUUUCCUAAUUAGAUUCUUGUAUUGACCUGAAUUGUUGGGCUCAGUGCAGCAAGACAACAUCAGUCAGACCUGCAGCCCCACUCAUUGCCGACUCUUAAUUUUAGCACCUUUGCUGUUAGAUUAAACAUUUCACACCAGCAGCUGAUGAUGAAAAACAGAUAUCCAACUGCUUUAUGUGGAAGAAGCACAGGAUCAGCCUGUUUCAACUUGUUAACUCUACUGUUUUCAUUGGUUAAGGUCUGGUAUUAAAAUCCCACCAGAGUGAUCCAAUCACAAGUGGUCACAGGAUGGAGACACAUUUCAAUGUUAGAUUAGAACAGACGAACCCAACACUGUCCACUUGUGAUUGGAUCUCUCAGGACGGAUCUACCUGAUGUGAGCCCACUCAUAGUCUUAAUGUGGGUUUGUCUGCUAAUGUUAUUAUUCUACACCAACAACAACAACUGCUGUUCAAGCUCUUUCAGGUCAGAAAGUUCUCUACCUCCUCAGUAAAGUGGAGGAAGUGGCAUCGCUGACCUCUUGGGGAGCUGUCUUUACAGUUAAGCUUCUGAAAGUCCAGAUUUCAAUAAUCUUUCAUCGUGAGACAAGAGGCUUCAGGGGACUUCAUGUAUCGUUGUCACAGUUUACAGUUUGAACACCAGCUCCCUGAUGUCCUGCUGCUUAGAUAUUUACUUCAGACAUUCUGCAGUAUCAAACCUCUGCAGGGCACUCGCUCUUCACUUCAUGGGAUAAACUCUGUAUCGUCUUGUACAGGAACUUGUGAGCAGACUUUUUCUGCUGCUCCCCUCACCACACUAAGAAUCUGUGCAGUUAAGUUGUGGAGAAAUGAUUAACUUCACUGCUGGCGAUUUUGGAAAGCUGUUACCUCAUGUUGCUUUGAGAACAAAUACAUGUGGGAAUUUUUCAGACCUGUAAAUUAUGUACAGCCAAUACAUUGUCAUGUAACUCACCUGUAUAGCUCCAAAUGUCAUCAGGUUAAAUUGUUUUUAUUUGGCAUUUAUUUAUUUUUUACUUCAUUUGUAUCGCCUUUUUUUUUUUUCAAAGUAAAACAUGUACACAAUAUCGAACUUCCAAUAAAACUGCCCGUUGACAUGGGCUGUGGUGCUAUCACGUUUUUUAUAAAGUUAAGUUUGCAUUUAUGAUUUUGUUUUAGCUGAUGAACUUGACCUUUCUCAUCUGCACAAAAGUUAAUUCUCAAUUUUUAUUUUUAAGUUUAGAUUUGAUGAUUAGCAAUCAAAUCUGUUUUCCUGUCAGUUAUGCAAGAAGCCCAAAGAGAAAUUAUUUAUUAUUUGUAUUAGUUUUUGAUAAGAAUCGUUAAAGAAACUGAUUAGACUCUGUUUUACAGCACCCUCCUGUCAGCGUGGCUCAAAGAUCGGUGUGUAGGUGGCACCAAUGCGGUUUUCACUUGGCUCAUCUCCAGAAUUCAGAGCUCCUGUCAUUUCCCUCACUAAAUGUAAAACAGUUCCUGGUUGCUAAAGAAUUUAUAACUUUCUAUGUGGUAUUCCAGAGUACUGUUGUUAUCUAAGACUUGAGCCUCUGAAGUCUCUCCCUUAUUAAUCUGGGACCUAUAAUAUCAAUUUUCUAUCAGAGAUGUUCAAAAUCACGUUACCUGUUUACCUUUUAAACUGGUAAUAAAACUAUGCCAUCGUUCCCUCAUUA